UCUGCCUGGUGUCCUGUAAUGCCCCAACAAUGGCAGUGAAAAUGUUACUAUUGUGUGCACUACACGUUCAUCACGUGACCACCGACAACGUCAUGAGUAGCGUCCUCAACAACACCCACAACUCUGGCAGCAACAUCAUCGGCAUGGAGGUUCGGAUUCGCAGAGCCACCACAUCAAUGAAGCUAGUUGGGGGUCAAUGGCCUUGGGAGGGACGGCUCGUUAUAACGGGAGCUGACGGGAAUCACGGAUCCAUGUGUGCCGAGAUGUUGACAAAAAACGACAGGAACGUCAUAUGUAAACACUUGUUCUACCAGAGAUAUAAUAUGUUUGGUUACCCGGCCAACUCGUCCAUCUUUGGCGGUGACCUUGACCCCAGAGUGCUCAACGUGGCCCCGAAGUGCACAGGUUAUGAAAGUGACGUUACAGACUGUCCCGGGUUCGCUUCCAUCUGGUCCGACAGGACUGUGUGCAACCAGGGAGAGGCAGCCAUGUUGUGCAUUUCUGACGCGGACAUUAUCUUCACGCACCCCUGGCAUCAGCCUGUGACAGCAGGACGGCCGGAAGUGUAUUUGUACGGGUCCUGGGGGACUAUAUGUACCAAGGGAAUUACACAGAGGGAGAUCACCAUGCUGUGCACCUUCAAUGAGUACUGGACAGCGUUUGGUAAACUGGUUUCCGCUAACCAGUUCGGGCGCAGCAACCACCCAACUAAAAUUCAGAACCUUCACUGUAACGGCGACGAGCCGUCCAUUGACUACUGCACGUGGGAGAACAGCACGUGCGGCCAUAACCAGGACGUUGGGAUCUCGUGUGAGAAGCGGCACAUCGACAGCCAUGACAUCACCCUGACGGGGGGAGCACAGCCGUGGAUGGGCCGGUUCGAGGUCCAUCUCACCAACAGAAACAUCACAGCAUCAGUGUGCAGUGGGGACAUGUGGUUCUCCCCGACAGACGCUGUCCUCGUCUGUCGGAGUAUUGGAUUCAGUAGUGGGGGGAAAUCUCUACCCCCUAUGGCUGUGUCCCCCUCAGCACCCCACAUCAUGGAACAGCUGUACUGUGUCGGGUUCGAGUCUAACAUUGGGGAGUGCGCUGGCAAGUGGAUCCGGGAGAGUCUCGACUGCCCCACCUUUCCGCCACUGGUGGGGGCUGUGGACUGCACCCCUGAGGGUUUGGAGGUCAAGGUCACUUCCGGAAAGUUGCCAUUUGAAGGAACAGUUCAAAUUCUUUCAAACGGACACUGGUCAACUGUGGACAGUACCUCCUUGAACGAGAACGAGGCUAAGGCUAUUUGUUCCACAAUGGGCUAUCAGGACACAACUCCUCACAUAUUUCCGGCGGAUCACUUCCAUGUUCCUGGGAAUCUUCCGAUUGUAUCCCUACAUUGCCAGAGCCACGCUUUCCACAUCGGGCAAUGUGACAUCAAAGGUGCCGCAAAUCACAACGCACAGCAUGCUGGGAUACAGUGUUUCGACUGCGGUCUUCAAUACUAUGGCCACGACACCGGGACGAUAACGUCAGACAACUACCCCUCGGCUGUGAACAGCGACGUGGACUGCCUGUACCACAUCAGAACUACGGGCCACCAUCCAAAAUACAGAUUCUACUUCUCCGAUCUUCAUCUCGGCAAUGAUGACCACGUGACGAUCCGCGCGGACCCCAUGGAGCCUAUCAUGACGUCCUUCUCGGCCAACCAGGGGCCUACCGAAGUCUUCUUCACCAAGGAUCUGUACAUUAGAUUCAAGGCCCACAAGGGCGCCAAGUUCCAGUUCAAAUGGGAAACUUAUACGGACGGUCAUGAGGAACUUGAAAAAGCAGUCGCCAUACAGUGUAGCCCGGAUGCCAUCAAAGCUUCUGUUGAUCUGCCCAAACUCAAGGCAGUGUUUGACAGUACCGAUCCCUCUCAUCUAUCUCUCGGCGACGUCACGUGUACCGGUGUAACCCAGGGCAACACAUGGUCAGCUAGUGCACGCCUCGGCUCCUGCAAAACGCAAAGACAGGUAGAUGACGACUUCAUCGUCUACAAGACCUCUGUUGUGUACAGCCUCCCCGGCACCAGCCCCGGCGACUUCAUCAUUCUGUGGAGCGUAGACGUCGACUGUGCAUUCAAGCGAAAUACCACGGCCAAAACCAACUACUCCAUCAUAAGCAAGAAUAACAUCGUUGGUUUGAACACAACGUCCCACUACUCCGCCAUCGUGAGAAUUUUCAGCGACCGCGGGCUUCAUAACGAGGUCAAAGGUCAGCCAAUCAGAGUUAGGCUCGGAAGUGAACUGUAUGCAGAAGUUGAAUUCAGUGCCAACUUCAAGGCCAGCAUGAGACUUUAGAGAUGUUCCCUCAAAGAGAAGCUAACACAGGCGAAUGGAUACGACUUGAUUCGGAGCGGCUGCCCUGUUGACCGCGACACCAACGUCAUUGCCGAGACAUCUUCCGCCACGGUGUUCCACUUCAAAGCCACGGAGUUUGUAGCAGGGGUCACUUCCGUUUACCUGACCUGUGACGUGACAUACUGUUUACCUAAUGACACUAGUCAGGCCUGUAAUCAUCAGUGCAGCACGACCCAACACGGACGUAGACAAGUAUCCGACUACGCCUUAAGUGUCGCCAGGGUUGCAAAGAAAUUUGAUAUUUUCACAUAAAAUUGUUUCUCCAAAUAAAACAAAAACUAUAGUCCAACUUUAU